CGAUGCCAUCGCCGUUCCUCCCCUUCCCUUGUCCUCGCCUCUCCCCGGGGCACCUGCACGCGCCCGUCCUAGCGCCAGGCCCCGCAGCAGCAGGGAACGGAGUCUCAGAAAGUUAAUAAGCUAUGGAACGCGUGUUUACUCCGCUGGAAUGUCUGCUUCCCACUGGAAACCUGACGUUUUGCCUUUUGAUUCUUAAUCAGCCUUUGGACAAAGGUUACUUUCAUCCUCUGUGGAGCAAAGCUGUUCUAAGAGCUUGCGCUGAUGGAGGUGCUAAUCGCCUGUAUUAUCAUAUCACAGAAGGAAAUCGUGAGAGCUUCUUGCCUGAUUACAUCAGCGGCGACUUUGAUUCCAUUAAGGCUGAAGUCCAGGAUUACUACAAGGUCAAGGGAUGUGAGUUGAUAGAGACACCGGAUCAAGACUUCACUGACUUCACCAAGUGCCUUCAGAUACUUCAGAAAAAGAUAGAAGAAAAAGGUCUCCAGAUUGAUAUGAUUGUGACCUUGGGUGGACUUGGAGGACGCUUUGACCAAGUCAUGGCAUCAGUGGAGACUCUCUUUCAUGCAACUAAUAUCACUCCCACUCCAGUUAUAGUUAUUCAAGAAUGCUCCCUCAUCUACCUACUUCAACCUGGAAAGCACAAACUGCAUGUAAACACAGGACUUGAAAGCAAGUGGUGUGGCCUCAUUCCAGUUGGGAACCCUUGUUACAACGUUACUACGACGGGCUUAAAAUGGAACCUCACUAAUCAUGUGCUAAAGUUUGGAACACUUGUCAGCACUUCAAAUACCUACGAUGAAUCUGGAGUUGUGACCAUAGAAACAGAUGAACCGUUGCUGUGGACAAUGGGUAUCAAAAAUGCUUAAGAUUAUAACUGCCUUUCUUUCAGCUAACCAAAGACUUUAAACAUAUUGGAAAAUUUCACUCAGUAACAGAAACAGAAUUACUGUGCCAGCAGUAAAAAAAAUAUUUUUUUUUUUUUUUGGAGGAGCAGAGGGAAGGGAAAGACAGUGGAGAUCAAUCGGUCAAGUGAAAAAUAUUUAGGAAGAUAGUCUGUUUUGUCACUAGUAUCUCAUUCUAGUUCCAUGUGUAGGACACAUGCACUUCCUAAACCAGCAGCACUGAAAGGGACUAAUGAGCAUAGACUGACCCACUUUACUCCUUGCAGGAGUGCGUCCAUAUUAGGUUUUAAUAUUACUGUUAAUCAGUGGUUGAAGAAUCUGUUCUCAAGUCAAAUUUUAAUUGAUGUAUUAUGUAUGUUCUUGACUUACAAUACUGCUGUACUACAGUACUUGUUUUGUAUAAGUAAACCUUUUGCUGUUUCAUGUGACUAGAACAGGCUGAUCUUCUACCCUGAUGUUUAGUAACAUAACUCAAGUGAAGUAGACAUAAAAGCUAAUUGCAAAUUUUAAAGAAAAACAGCAAUAAAUAAUACCGCUGCAGUGAAGUUUAGAAUAGCAGGCUGAGUAUUUCUUUUAAUGCUGCUGUCUGUACUGCCAUUUUACUUCUACUUUCCAGCAUCAAGUACUAUUUACAAACUUCUAAUUAACAGAAGGUGAGCAGCAUUAAACUAAUAAAGUGCUAGUAAACUGUUAGUGUGCAAGCUUUUAUAGAUUAAUAAGUUUAGAUUUGUCACAACUGUAUGAGCUUUGUAUGCAGAAGUUCAUGCAAGUUCUUUAAACAACUGGAUAAAGUUGCAUUUUAAUUUGUAAAAUUUUAAGAGACUGCUGUGAUAACCAAACUGGUAUAUUUUCUUUUAAAGAGUUUGUGGGUACAGAAUGCAUACGUCAUUGAAUAGAUGCUAAACACGAUGGUAUAUAACAAAUUUAAUGCUAAUGUUGGUGUCAAGUUGCACCAUCUUGAAAAGCACUGUAAAGACAUUAGUGGAAUCCAAAACUGUUUGGUAAGGAAGGAUAAGGGCCCUCAGCUGACAGUGUGAUCUGUAAGUAUGUAUUUCAGUUGUUGCCUCUUACAGAGAUGGUGUUUAGAACAAGAUCUGAAAAACUACCCUACUUUUUGUAAGUAAAACCAAAGAUUACUUCAGCUCAAAGACUAGAGUGAAGUCUUUUCAGCUUGCUUUAUGCUUCUGACAGCACUUUAUAUAGGCACAUUCCUUUUUGUAGGGGUCUCCCCUCCCCCGCUUACAAGACACAAUAUAGGAAAAUGGCAGUAGGUUAGUGUUUAAUAUGAACAGAUUUAGAAUUGGGUUUUAGUACCACCUAAUGCUGGGCCAAAAUAUGUAAAGAAUUAUUCUACUACUGAAAGCAAAAACCAAGAAAGGCAGUUCAGUCACUUUACCUCAUCUCGU